AUGCAAUGUCUAAAGAAUGAUUUGAAAAGAAAAGAAAUGGAUAACAUUCCUUAUGCUUCAGUGAUCGAUAGUCUUAUGUAUGCUCAAACAUGCACUAGACUAGACAUUAGUUUUAUUGUUGGAAUGUUAGGCCGUUAUCAAAGUAAUCCUGGUUUGGAUCAUUGGAAAGCUGCAAAGAAAGUACUUAGAUAUUUACAAGGCACUAAGGAUCACAUGCUCACAUUAAGGCGAUCAAAUCACUUAGAAGUAAUUAGAUAUUCGGAUUCAGUUUAUGCUGGUUGUGUAGAGACUAGAAAGUCUACAUUUAGGUAUUUGUUCCAAUUAGCAGGAGGAACAAUUUCAUGGAGAAGUGGGAAGCAGUAUGUCAUUGCUACUUCCACUAUUAAGGCAGAAUUUGUGGCAUGUUUUGAGGCCACGGUUCAAGCAUUGUGGUUGUAG